GUGGCAACAGACAACGUCAUCAAAAGUUGUCGGUGGUUCUUUCUUCAUGGGUGAGCUGUGCGGGUCCGUCUAGCUGGGAAAACUGAUCCAGCAGACCAGGUUCUGAUAUUACAGUAGACCUGGAGCCGCUUCGUAUCAACAUAUCGUUCAUUUCACCUCUUCGUUGCAGCCAUACUCUGGGCUGAAGUUAAUCUGCACGUCUGAGAAGAUGAUGGAAGAAAGUGGGAUUGAGACGACUCCUCCAGCCAGCCCGACUCCUCUGACGGUGGCUGCCGGCGUCAGCUCCCCGCCCAUCACCGCAGGUCUGUCCAGUCCUCUGCCUGUCCUGGGCAGCAGCUCCGUCUCCAUUGGCUCGUCCUUAGGCUCCACCCCCCUCCCUACUGUUACCUCCCUCAGUGGACCUCUGACCAUGCCCUCCCAGUUUGCCCCUGCUCCUUUCACCAGCGGCUCUCCCUUCCCUCCCUCUGCCUCACCCUCCUUGCCACCCAUGGCCUCUUCCAUCCGACUUCCUCCAGCAGCCGGCAUGUCGGCCCCUCCCGUAGGCCCGCCCACAUCUAGCUUCUCCAUGAGUGCAGGCUAUGACAUCACACGAGGUCAUGCCAUGCGAACACCUCAGACGCCGCUGAUGCCGACAUUCUCCAGCCCGUCUGCCAUGCCAGGAAUGGUAUCCAGCACCAUGGUUCAGCAGCCAGCUACCACAGGAGGUCUGGAUCCUGGCUCUCCCAUCACCUUCCCAGAGGAGCAGGAGGAUCCCCGAGUGUCUGGAGACACCAACCCUGGUGGAGGCAUCUGGGGCUUUUUCAAGGGAGUAGCAGGUAACCCUGUGGUGAAGACUGUCCUGGAUAAAACCAAACACUCUGUGGAGUCCAUGAUCACCACUCUGGACCCCGGCAUGGCCCCGUACAUCAAGUCUGGGGGGGACAUCGAUAUCGUGGUGGCUUCGGAUAAGGAGAUGAACGUGGAGGCGGUCAGAGAUGCCUUCCAGGAAGUCUUUGGGUUGGCGAUGGUCACCGGUGAGCCCAGUCAGUCCAAUAUCGCCCCCCAGCCGGUGGGCUACGCCGCUGGUGUCAAGGGGGCUCAGGAGCGUACCGACAGCCUGCGGCGAGCUGGUGUGAUCCAUGAGAAGCAACCUGUGGUCUCUUUGGAAAACUUCAUCGCAGAACUUUUCCCUGACAAGUGGUUUGACAUUGGCUGUUUAAUCCUGGACGACCCUGGUCACAGCAUCCACAUCGAGGUCUUCACUCAGGCGACUCCUCUGGCUCUGAAUCACAUCCAGCAGGCUCAGUCCCUGACCCCCCCUGACUACAGUCUGCGCUGGUCCGGCCUGGUGGUCACGGUGGGAGAGGUCCUGGAGCGCAGCUUGCCCAACAUCAACAGGACCGACUGGCACCAGGCCAUGACGGGAAUGAGCCAGCGGCAGAUGAUCCAGAGUGCUGCCAGAGCUCUGGCUGGACUCUACAAGCAGCAGCUGCCUCCCAGGACUAUCUGAGGCUCAACGCUCCACGUUCUGAAGACGGAGACGAACUGGAGGAUUAACUAGCUGAUGGGACAGGUCUACCCUCCAUCUGUCCUGUCAGGAAAACUGAAUACACAUUUCUGCAAAGGUUUUUACAUUGGUGCCACAUUCCAGUGUGUUACUUAUUAAAUCAAUACUGUCUCAUGCUUUAAAGAAAGUAUGAAGUAACCAUGUCUUCACCCUCCUACUCAUCAUUUACAUGGACGUCAUUAACUCGUUGUGAUGUUUUUGUCCUGUUAGUGAGGUCUUAUGUCCCAGUUGUACUCCAGUUAUCAGCUGAGAAAUGUGGACAGACGCCCUGAUGACUGGGUUAGUUGUACAAGAAAGCAAGCAAGAGAAGACAGUUUCCUCCCAUUACUGCCAGUUUCACAUUUGCAUCAGAUGUGUUUCCAGACCUUUCCUGAGCUUUCUGCCAUCCUUUUUUUCCUCUGCUGUAAAUAAAACCUCCGUGUCAGCGUCUCAGUGCCACACCGGAGGAUUCAUGCUUAACAGGUUUUAUAUAUUUACUAUCUACACUGGCAUCCAAAGGUUUGGGCACCCCUGGUGGUAAAAUGUCCGUUCCCACUAAUGAUUCAGCGAGUGUAAGAUGAAAUUAGUUAAAGAUGACAGACUCUAGAGAACCAAAUUCCUCUUACAAAAACAUCACAGGUCAAUCAUUUAUUCCACUUUUUUCCUGCUCAAAUUAAUAAAUUAUCUUAAGUUUUAUAUAAAAUGACCAAAUGUGCAGUUUUUCAGAUUUGAAGACUUUAAAUGCCAAUUUAGUUACAUGAUUUCACUGUUUUUAUGGAGAAAAAAAAAACCCUGUAAAAAAAACAUUUUUAUUUUAUUUAUAACUAGUAUGUUAGAAGACAAAGAGCCAGAAUGUCAUGAAAACACCUGUCUAGUUCUUAAGCACGGCAGGGGAUGAAUCAUGUUAAGGGUUUGUGUUGCAGCCAACAGCACAGGCAGCGUUUCACUGGCAGAGGGAAAAUGGAUUCAGUAAAAUAGACAAUGAUCCCAAACACCUCAAAAUCCAAAACUCAAGGUCCAAACUCAAAGUUUUACCAUGGCCUUCCCCAUCCUGACACUAGCAUCACUGAAAUUUCCUUAAACCAGAGCAGAAAGACACAUGUCAUGCUUUCUUUUCAUAAACGGUAAAUGGUCUGUACUUAUAUGGCGCUUUUACCGAAAGCGCUCUACUUGUACGUCACAUUCACCCAUUUACACACACAUCCACAGCGGAAGCUGCCAUGCAAGGCGCUCAACCGCGACCCAUCAGGAGCAAUUAGGGACACCUGGACGUGAGCUCUGGCCGGGGAUCGAACCAGCAACCCUUGGGCUACAGGGCAACCACUCUACCCACUGAGCCAUACCGCCCCAUUGUCACCAAAGUUUAGGUCAUAGAUUUAGUUUUUACCUUGACAUUUUUCAGUCCCAGGCGUACGGGAUCAACAAAGCUGGUGGAUGGCGGCUUCCUGAUCCCGACUGCCUGCCGCUCAGAUGAUGUCCCAGUCCGUGUUGUGAUCUUUUCUUUUGCAAACAGAACCGAAAAGACUCGGCUGACAGCCGUGCAAAUACUGACUAUUCAGUUCCCAAACUUUUACUUUGGGCCUAUUUUCUUUUUCUGUCCCAAAAAAUUUAAAAGGUUGAAAUAAAACAAAAAUAGAUUUUGCCUAAAAUGUAAAAAAAAUGCGUCAUCUUUAACUUUCUGCUAUAUCAGUUCAUCUACUUACUCAUCUGGUAGCAGGAACAGAGAUUUGGACCAUGGUUUUGCCUUAGCUGCCUACUGGGUGAUUAAAACAGGAUUGCUGGGUGUUGUCCUACCUCACCCCAGUUUCUGAGUGCUCCUGUAAUCAGGCCUUGUUUAUGCUCAUCUUUGGUUCUCCAUCAGUCCCGUUUGCUGCAGUGACUUUGCAGCUGGGACAGAGAUGGAGAAGUGGGAUAAGGUCUGCUAGCAUGAGUUCAUUCUUUCUGGCUGCUCCUGCAGAUCAUCUGAUCCGUGGAUGACCUGGUGAUGGGCAUUUUGGAUUAGAUUUAGAAGGAAAUAGUUUUCUGUCUCUUCAGGUCACGAUGUUGUCAGGAUUAGAAGUUAUUCAGAGAAAAAAAAACUUUUUCUUUUAUAAAUGUGCCUUUUUAAAAUAAAUGUUUUAUGAUGGAUCAAUGAUGAACUCGAAGUUUUCUGCUCCUCAUAGACACUUGGCAACUUUGUCCAGUGUCUGUUCAGUGAUUUCAGAACUUCUUACUGGUUCUAAUGUGAAAUAAAACAUAUUUUAUCUAAUCUCA